AUGGGCGUGACGUCGGCCCGCCAGUCGGCGGCGGCCAAGGCUCUCUUCAAAGAAGCGUCGGAAGUCGUUGGCCGAGACUUGCUGAAGCUCUGCGAAGAAGGCCCCGAGGCAGACUUGCACCAGACAGAGUGGGCGCAGCCUGCGCUGCUGACAGCGAGUAUGGCGGCCGUCGCACGCUGGAAAGAAGAACAAGAGGCAUCUGCGUCGCCAGCGCCGUCGCCCUCGGCCACCCUGGGUCUGUCCCUCGGGGAGUACAGCAGUCUGUGCUUCGCAGGAGCGCUUUCGUUCCCGGAAGCAGUGCACCUGACGCGUCAGCGAGGCCUGCUGAUGCAGAAGGCGGGCGAAGGCACCGGCGGCAUGGCGGCUGUUCUCGGGCUGACUCGGGAGCAAUCCGCUCGCCUUCGCGACGCCGUGCAAGCGACGCUGCGCGGCCGGAGCGGCGACUCGGCCCGAACCGGGGAGGUCUGCGAAAUCGCCAACUACCUGUGUCCGGGAAACAUCGUUUUCUCGGGAACUCGCGCGGGGAUUGACGCGCUGGAGGAGCUGGCGACGCAGAAGGCCGAUCCGGCGGAGGCGGCCCGCGGCUUCCCACGAGCGAAACGCGUGGUGCGGCUCAGAGUCAGCGGCGCCUUCCACAGCUGCUUGAUGCAGGAAGCUGCGGAGGGGUUGCGCCAGGCGCUUGAAAACGCGGAAAUCAAAACGCCCAAGAUCCCCGUCGUCAUGAACGUGGACGCGCGCACGCAUGCAGACCCGCGGGUGAUCAAACAACAGCUCAUGAGACAGCUCACAAACCCAGUGUUGAUGGACAAGAGCCUAGAGCUGCUCGUCGACCGGGGCAUGCAGGAAGGCUUCGAAUUCGGCCCCGGAGGCGUGUUGGCGGGGCUGAUGAAGAAGACGCGGCAGGAGGUCAAAGUGCACCAAGUGGAUUGA